AUGUGUUUUUCGCUUCUCUCUGUCGGCAAAACAAUCGUCACCUUUGAGUGCAAUAAUGGUAGGGUGAAACAUUUCGAUGCAUAUGACCUACGAGAUGCACAUUUUGGAUGUGACAGUCGCUUCAAGAUCAAGUUAUUCGAGGAGAGCCGGGUAUACGCUGAUGGUAUAUCAAUCAUUAACUCAGCAGCUAUGCCUAUCGGCAAGAGAUUCAAACGAGGUCUUAGCUCAAUCAAAGCAAAUCUUAAGAAUCGCUCUGAACUUCUGCGAGAGCCCACUCCGACUGAAUCGAGUGUUGAUACAACGAGUUCUGUAGCGGUAUCUAUCAGGAAGAGUGGUGAAUCUGUAAUUUGGGAUGGCAAGGAAGCAGCUAGUGAGCAGGCAUACAAGCCCACACACGAUGAUCCAGCUUGCUUGAUAGCAGACUCAUUAACAACCACCGCGGAUGAUUCGCAGCUCUCAAUUGAGGAUGACCUUUGGUUCCAAGCUUCGGAGAAGCUCAAGGCUGAUGAUCCGGAACUGUAUAAGCAAUACUCAUUUAUCAUCCGUCGCGAAGCAGACAAGAGCAAUGAAAACCACCCCAACGAGUCCGCAAAGUCCCUAGCAAAUGCAGCAACGCUUCUCAAAGUGUGCCAAAAUAGCCUCGAAACCAUGAAUGCCCCAAGUGGCAGAGCUGAUAAAGUUUUUAAGAAGACGAUUGAGAUUGUAGGCCUGGCUAAAGAUUUCGUGGGGUCUGUUGUAAGUGCCGAGCCUCAUGGAGCAGUAGCUUGGGCAGGUGUCUGUCUUUUUCUUUCGCUACUUCUCAAUCCUUCCCAACAAGAUGAAGCUUGUCGCAAAGGUCUUGAGGAACUACCCUUCAUUAUCCACAAGUAUAGUCUAGUGGAAAGCAUUUGUGCAAUUAAAAGCUCAAGUUCAGCAAUUGCCACCACGGCUAACAUGUUGUCCAGUGGAAUUAUCGACUUCUAUGCCAAGAUACUCAAUUUUCAGGCUGAGGUUGUGUGUCAAUUAAAUCGAUCAACGAUCAAAGGCUAUUUGAGAAAAGUUUUCCAAACCGACAAGUGGAAAAAUAUGCAUCACGAUGUCUUACGCAUAGAAGAGCGAUGUUGGAGUAUAGCCCAGACGAUUGAUAGCGAUCGUUGUAUUAGAUCAGAGCUCCUUGGAGUUUCAAGUCAAACAUAUCAGGCUGUUGUUGAUAUUGGAAUAGAAUCUAAGCAACGCGAAAGAACCAAGAGGAAACGGAUUGUCUGCAAGUUUUUCGUUCGGCAAAAGCGUAAUCCAGAUCGAGUCCCGGGCACCUGCGAAUGGCUUUUGAAAUCGCAGGCAUUUACUGACUGGAGGGACAAGAAGAGCGCGGGUCUACUCUGGAUCUCAGCUGAUCCAGGCUGUGGGAAGUCCGUCCUGUCGAAAGCCUUUUACAAAGAAAAUCUAGUGAGCUUUUCUUCCGCCACAAUCAUAUGUUACUUCUUCUUCAAGGAUUCAUCCCCUGAACAGUGCAGCAUUACGAAAGCAGUUGCGUCUUUGCUUCAUCAGCUAUUUUUGUCUAAUGGUAGUCUGCUCAAACAUGCUAUGACCAAGUGGAACAAAAAUCGAAGCGAGCUUUGUAACCUCCAUGAUGAUAUGUGGGAUAUACUGGAAGAUAUCGCUGUUGACCAGGCGGCUGGAGAUAUUGUCUGUAUAGUAGACGCAUUGGAUGAAUGCGAGUCUGACAAUAACUCGAGAAAAUCGUUUGUACAGAGGAUGCAUAAACUUUUAUUCAGGCCAGAAUGUCAUAUGCGGUUUGUUAUCACUAGUCGUCCUUACGCUCAAAUCGAAAGAAUAUUCAAGGGAUUGCAUCAAGAAUUUCCUCUGGGGAGAUGGAAUCUGAGACUAUCUCGCGGGAAAUCAACCUGGUCAUCAACCAUGAGGUUCAGCAGCUGGACUUGGAUGAGAAUGUUAAAAGUUAACAUUAUAACUCGUCUACGAGAAAUGGAACACAGGACUUACCUUUGGUUACACCUUAUCAUGGACGUCAUUCGAAAAAUAAUCGAGAGUAGUUGGGAGUCUAGAAAGAUAGAUGAAAGCCUGCGAUCACUGCCCAAGACUGUGGAGAAAAUAUACGAAGAAAUUCUGGACACGAGUCCUUAUCGAUCAGAGACCGAAAAAUUACUUCAUAUAAUCGUUGGUGCAGAGCGUCCGUUAAGCACGGAUGAAAUAAACGUAGCUAUGAACAUUCAGAUAUGUUACGAUGGCACCCAGAGUUUUGACGACAUACACUUAGAAAAUCGUGAGCGCUAUCCAGGAAUGCUUCGUAACCUCUGUGGUCUAUUCAUACAAUUUGUGGACUCGAAAGUGUACCUCGUACAUCAGACAGCAAAAGAAUUUCUCGUCGCAACUGAAUCUGGAAGUAGGUUUCCCGGUAAAUGGAGAUAUUGUCUCGAGCCGCAAGAAACACAGAAGAUUUUGGCUCAAAUUUGCAUCUCUUAUUUAUAUCUGAGUGAUCUCAAUGCUUGGAGUGAUUCUGGUUACCCAAAACGCGAGCAUGGCUCCAUCUCUGCGACGAAUGUACCUGAUAAUCUGAUUGAUUAUUGGGGGACGAAUUGGGUGGCUCACUAUAGACGAGUCCCUAACGCUGUUGACCCCGUUGUUAUCGUCGAACUAUGCUCCAUAUCUAUUCGACGCAUAAUCUGGCUUCGUGUUAUGUGCUGGAUGCCCGAAAAUUACUGGUUGAGCCGUAAAAUGGUUGAUCCCUACCGUUUGGACCUAGAAUUAAAAGAACGGGUAACGCCUUUAAUGAUAGCUUCAUGCCUUAAUCUUCUUGAAGCUGCCAAGUAUAUUACUUCAACUUCAUAUCCCAAAGAGAACAAGUUAAAUUACUGCGGCCUUUUCGGAACAGCUUUAUCGUUUGCAGUGGAAAAUAGAUCUUUUGAAAUGGUGGAGUUACUCCUCCAGAAGGGUGCCGAUGCAAAUAUAGGGCAUGAUCCGUAUAUGGUGAGAUCUUUACCGCUUACUUCUGCAGUAAAAGUCGGUGACCUUCCGAUCGUCCGACUCUUGUUAGAAAAUCGAGCGGUAGACGAAACGGGUGGGUGUAUUUUAUGUAGCGCACUAAAUAUCGCAGUCGAGUAUCACAAGACUGGAUUAGUUGGGUUACUCCUUGAAUCAGCGGUGCGACCUAUCGUGGAAGGAUACCUGGAAUCAGCUUUGGAAGUUGCUGUAAGACUUCGUUUCGCUAAGCUCGUCGCAAUGUUACUGGAAUUUGGAGCUAGUCCAACCUACAAAUUUUCUAAACGGUUCAUGAGCGAUGCCAGAUCAUGUUUAUCCUACGUUCUAGAUUCGCGUAGCGCAAGUUCACAGACAAAUUCUUGCGAACUAGAGCUUGUGUUGAAACUGCUCUUGUUGAAAACGGAGCCGCUGCCUAGCAAGGUUAUGAAUGAUCUGCUAGUCGAAUACGUCAGCACUAAGUCAGAUGAAGUCGAUCUAGUUCGGUUGCUAUUCAAACCUCCACUCCAUACCGAGCCGGAAGCUCAUGAUGAUGGUUCACCAAUAGUGUUCGCAGCGCUAUACGCGAAUACUAAAUCCAUGGAACUUUUGAUGAAUGAGGUGCAUGAUAUUGAUAGCUGUCGAGAAGCCAUCCCUUGGGUAAACAAACAUCCUUUGCGAGGAGUCACCCCUUGGGUUAAAAAUCAUCCUUUGCCGGAAGGAACAUUUGGGGGAUAUAUAUGGUCAGAAUUAAGGCCAAUGUACAAAAGCUGGUUUACCAGGGACAUUGAAAUCACUGCAUUGUUUGGAGGUAUCAUUUCUGCAAAUGAGCGUGUGGUCCAAAGUUUGAUUGAUCAUGGCGCCGGCGUCAACAUGACUAUAGAGCUUGGGACACCCUUGUUCAUUGCCGCCGCGCUAUCUUGCAAAUCUGUGGUUCAACUGCUGCUUAAAAAUGGUGCACAAAUCACGCCGUCCAAAUUUGGAGGGAGAGAGCAGUCGUCACCUUUGGUUUUUGCGGCUGCUCGGGGAAACAUCGAAAUCGUGGAAUUACUGCUUAAAUCCGGCGCGCAAGUCGAGCAGGGAACCGCCGUUAUUGUUCACUCAAUACUGACUCAUAAGGAGGGCAUUGAAGGAAAAUUCUAUCCUUCUGCUAUGGAAGCUGCCGAGAUGGAAGGCCAUGAAGAUGUGGCUGCGCUUUUACAGGAGUAUAGGGCUAGGCAGGCCGGGGCGGGAGUGAAGGAAGUUGAAGGUGCUAUGAUGCCGAGCAGAGUUGAAGAGGUGGAAGAUUAG